AUGGACCCUCGCGAUAUGGAGUCAGAGGAGGUUUCACAACUCGAGGGUUUGUUCCACAAGAUGAGAGAUGUCGUGUGGAUGGUGAAAGUUGAGUCGGAGCUGACGAUUGAAAAUGAACCCCCAGCUAUACAAACGAUUAUAGCCACAGGAUUUAGUGUACAUAAAAAUGGGUUGAUCCUUACGUCGGAUUAUUUAUUGUUUGGAGGAUCAACCAUAUCUGUACGAGGAUUCAAUGAUAAUCAAUUCAUUCCUGCCAAGAAAGUAGGUGGAGCUCCGAAGGAUUCCGGUUUGGCCCUUCUAAAGAUUGACCGAAAAUUUGGUCAUAUUGCACAGUUAGCUGAAGGGGACGUUGGUUUAACUCUACGUAUCAACAUUUAUGGAAUGGCACAUCAGGUGGAUUUCUCCUUUUCUUUCCUCUUUGGGACAUUGCUUUCAACGUCAAAAGAUAAAUCCGAAGUAAAUAUAAAUCAUCGUAAACUAGCUCAGCACAUUGAUGGCCUUGAUAAGAACCUGCAAUUUCUUGAGAUAAAAGGGUUCCAGUGUCAAUCUAAGAGAAAAUGGACAAUACAAUCAUUAGGCGGACCCGUUUUCAAUGUUACGGGAGAUGUGGUUGGCGUGGUCAUUGCUACAAGUAGUGGCUUCGAUUAUGCGGUUCCAGUUGAACGUGUGAGGAAUUUCGUUGAUGGAGUUUUACGAGCUCAAUUGAGAUCGGCGACCUGCUUAGGCAAUGAAAGAGGCGUAUAA